GAAAAAUAAGACAAAGAUCUUUGAAGGUAUCACUGAUUCUUUACUUAAUAUUUAUGAGAAUAGGAGUACUUUUCUUUCUAAAUUUCUGAAAAAGGUGGAAGAUGAAGCCGAUGUAAUAACUUUGAGUGAUGAAAUGAGAAUAAGAUUAAUACAAGCAUACCUCAGAUUAGGAUAUAAAAGUUUACAUCAUGAUAAUCCACAUAUGAACUAUUUAGUCUUUCGACCACAAAGAAUGCGGUUACAAGAAGAAAGGCAAUCUAUUGGAAGUUUGAUUAUUAAAUUCUCACUAAGUGAAUCUUUGUCUACUCGAGCAGAUUUCGACGAUCUGAUUUCCCAGUAUACAAACCUAUCUGAUGUGAAGGAUGAGAUAUGGUAUCAUUUUGUUUUUGCUGGCAUAACCAAUAUCGAGAACCCGCUAGAUUAUUUAGCCGCUGAAAAUGUUCGAUUGAACCUCUCAGGUGGAAUUGAGGAUGUACGUGGAGAUAUUAAGAAAUAUGGAAGUUAUCCCUUAUCACUACGCAAGGCUGAUUUAACAAGAUUAUUCGAAUGGAAGAAAACGCUUAAAGAUAACAUCAAAUUCUAUCACGAUAAAAUCAAUGGACUCAUGAAGUUAGCUUCCUUAUAUAAACUCCCAUAUAACAUAGCUGUUGAAGAUUAUAGUGAACUAACUGCUGCUCACUUGACAGACAACGCGAGAGAACUUGUGAAAGUUUUUCAAAAAGGAAGUAAAUGUCUUAAUAAUUUUUUGAGAUUUCUUGCACAAUGUUAUGAGGACGAAGGUUAUGUUAGUUACAGGAAAUGCCUUGAUUGGAUUGAAACCAAUCAGGUGACAGGAUGGCAUGGAUAUAAUCAAAAUAUAACAGAUCUUCUGGUAACUAUAGAAAUCGUCGAUGAUGAGACAAGAUGUGAAAAAUUAUGGGAGGAAUAUUACGAAGAUAGAGAAAAAAAGGAUUUUCGCAUGCUUGAAAUUUCAAAGAUCCAAUCUGAGAAGCUACCACAGUUCACUUACAGAGGCUCAAGCAAGUAUCGGAAGAGACUGGAAACAAAGGCUAUCGAUCUAUAUAUCGACUUAAAGAAUGCAUUACAUCCUUCUUUAGUCUUGUUUUAUGAUUUACAGCUCAAGCAACUUGCACAGAUGGAAGUAUACGUAAAUCAAGUUAAAACUCUCGACAAUACUGCUAUUUCACAUCACUUACCGAUGGUCGCUGAUCGUGCACUUAUCAACAAGAAUAUGCACGCUAUCAAAGACCUUAUUGGAUUGAUUGGUAAUUACAUAAUAAGAAAUUCUUAUACAAAGCCUUCAAAAGAUACAAUUAGAGAGAUGAUGGAUGAUAUACGUUUCCAAAAAGACGAAGAUCCCAAUGAGUUGGUCUUGAAGGUACUUAUAAUCCUAGAUUUUGUUGAUGCACCUUUGGAGCGUCUCGACCUACUUAAUCAGUCGCAUGAAACUAAAAAAGAAAGGAUAGCAAAAAUAAAUGGAAUCAAACGCAAGAAUGUAAGUAACGCUCACGAAGAGGGCAAGGAGUAUGUAUUGGAGGCGUCUUCUCAGGAUAGUAUAAGUAACGAAGGGGAAUUUCCUACUACCAGAAGUGGUAGGAAACGCAAAAGUGACAAUGAUCAGAAGGGGCCAAAGAAGAGGAAGUGAAGGGUGUGGCUAAGAUAAUCACAUAUAUAGUGUUUAAUCAUUCAUUCAUUCACUUCGAUGUUCAAGCAGAGACAAACAACUUUAUAAAGGGUAAUAUAUCCGAGUGGUUUAUUUCUAAGAAAAAUACUUAGUUAACAAGAGCCUAUUGCAUCUCUGUCAAACUUAGGCGUGGAUCAUCCCCAGAUCUAUCCGUCAUUAAUGUCCAACGUCCGUCUAUCUUUAAGUCCAAGUUGUUAAUCAUUCCGUUUUUGAUCAGGAAAAGGACUGCGUCUGAAAUCUCCUCUGGUUCUAUUGGUCUUUGUGGGAAUGAAGCGCUCUUUGCGAGUUCUGUCAUGAAGUAACCAAGUUUAGCACCUACCAUGGCUGAAUUGAUGAUACUAGGUGAGACAGUAUUAACUCUUAUGCCAGAUGGUGCUAAGAAAUCUGACAUCGCAACACCAACACCAUGGCUCCCCGCUUUAGUAGGACCGUAGCAAAGAACGCGCGCAAUACCUUCUUUAGCUACACUUGAGAAGUUGACAAUAACACCUCUCUCUUCCUUUGUAGUAAAGAAUUCGUUGUUCUUCAUCUUAUCUGGUUCAUAUCUCUCGUUGAUCGCGUCUGCUACUAAUCCAUUAAUAAUAAAUGUACCCAAUGUAUUAAUAUCAAGCAUUUUCUUAAAUCUAGCAAUGUGGUCUCCAAUUCUGUUGGUCCAUGGUUGAGCAAGCGCGACACCAGCACAGUGCACGACGCCUGAGAGUUUCUUUUCGAAUGCAUUAGCUGCUAUUUUCACAGCAUCCCUUGAAAUUGCCUCGUCUGUGAUAUCACAACGAACAUACAAAGCAUGGUCACCAAAUGCUUUGGUGGCAGUCUCACCAGCUUUCUGCUCGAUGACGUCGAAUAAAACGACAUAACCAGCUUCUGAAAUAAUAGCCUUAGCGAUCGCUGUACCAGCACCACCUAAUCCACCUGUACUGUUUGACUUAUUAGAG